AUGGCGCUUGACAGGGAACUCAUCCUCCCCGAAUUUCGCGGCGAUCGGCACCCGGAGGAAAAGGGGCUUGGUCCCAUUCCUGCGAUCUCUCACCUCCCAACCAAUACCAGGCGAUCUGGUCUAUCAGCAGACCAUGCUGAGCGGGAGAACGGUGUGUAUGUUAAUACUGCUAGGCCAUUUUAG